GCGGAUAGUCAGCUCAUACAACGAUCGACCCAGACGACGUUAGCCACUGGCUAGACGAUGACGAGAAACCACAACACAACCGAAAUCCCAGAAGGAAGCAUUACAACCUUUACAGUUCGCAGAAUGACUGGAUCCAGAAUCUCCAAGUUCUCCGCCAUCCUGGUGCUGUGCGCCGCUCUGUUGCUGACCAAGUCCUGCGGCAUUCUGGCCCUCAGCGGCGAUGGCUCCGGACAGGCUCUGGGGCAGGCGGAACCCCUCCUAGAUACCACCACUGUCGCUAGUGCAGAAGGUUCGGGAAGUGGCUGGGGAGAGGACACCACGCUCCAGCCGGAAGAGGAAACAACAGACGCUAGUCUGACCACUCUUCCCGAGGAUACUGGCUCCGGAGAUCAAGAUAACACCACCGAGGGUUCUGGAGAUGAUGAGACGACCAGUGCCCCUGAAGACAGCUCUUCCGCCGCUCCAGAGACCUCUUCUGCUGCUCCAGAGACUUCUGCUGCUCCAGAGACCUCUUCUGCUGCUCCAGAGACCUCUUCUGCCGCUCCCGAGACCACUACCUUGGAGGCUGAGACUUCAUCUUCCACCACAGCUCCUGAGACCUCUUCCCAAGAACCGGAAACCACUACCGCAGCUCCGGAAACUUCUUCCUCUUCAGAGCCGGAAACCACCACUUCAGAACCAGAAACCUCCAGUGAAGUGGCCCCGACCGUGGCACCAACCCCAGCCCCCUUCGUGUGCCAAUCGGCUGGACUCUUCCCGGUCAGCGGGGACUGCAGGAGCUAUCACAAUUGCCUGUACAAUCCGCUUCUCCGCCGGUUCCUGGACAUCGAGGUCACCUGCCCGCCACAGACCGCCUUUUCAUCCACCCUGAAGCGUUGUGUCCGCGACAUAGCCGAGUGCCAGGACGACGACUUCCAAUGCCCGUCCGUGGGACGGUUUGCAGGACACGACGACACCUACUACUACUUCUGCGCGGCCAGCUUGCAGGGAGGACUCCACAAGUUCGUGGUUAGGUGCUCGUCCGGACAGAAGUUCGAGGUGGCCAUUGGAGGAUGCUGGCGCUACGACUGGACCCAGAUUGUGCCCGGCCAGGAGGCCACGGAGAUCAGCGACCUGACGGCCAUCAAGCGGGAACUGAAGCAGUACAAGGCCGAGGAGAAGCUCCGCCAGAAGGCCCAGAAGCAGCAGGAGAAGCUGGCCAAGAAGCAGCAGAAGCUGGAGGCGAAGGCGGCCCAGAAGGCGGCCAAGGAGCAGGCCAAGCAGCAGGCCAAGGCUGAGAAGGACAAGGCCAAGGGCGAGUCCAUCGAGAGUCCCGAGUCCGAGGAGUAAAGUCCGUAAACCUUAAACUCUUUGUUGGUCGUAGCGCUAGUCUAGUAACUUAUCCAAUUUUUUUUGUUAACUUGUAAUCCUUUUUUUUUCUUCUUGUGGUAUAAAUAAAUGUAAAAAAAUAAUAAAUGAA